AUGAAUAUCUCAGUGCUGUGGCUCUACCUGGUCCUUGUGUCCGCCCUGCUAAUCUUCUCAGUGCCCUCUGUCGAGUCCACCUUCCUUCUGUGGGCCUGUUUGUACCGGCUGGAGAUCUGCCCCUAUAAGACCACCACCACUAAAGCGUAA